ACAUACGCUAACUAAAAUCAGUCUGCUUUGAACCGGCGCGGCGUCGGUAUUGAACGUGGCGUCGUCGAUUAAACCUAACGUGACGUCUACUACACGUACAUACCAUCUAAUUAGUGCGCUGGUUUGGGGGUUCUUUUUUAAUUUGUUUGAUUGGGAGUCAUGAUGGAAGUCGAUCAUAUUUCAUAUAUUUUUGGAAGUUUCUCGAGACGUCGGAGCCAAGAAGUCGGUGCAAUGAAGCGUCGUUCAUUGGAGGCGCCCAAAAUUUCCCACGAUCGUUCGAAUUCGGCACCGCAGCAUACGUCCAAAAAAAUGGAAACGUCGUCAUCUAGAACUAAGAGCAUGUGCGGAUACAAGCAGGAUGAUAACAAGUUUAGGUGUCCGUUUUGUAAACAUUUCUUUGAGGAACCUCGCGUUUUACCCUGUCUGCAUACGUUUUGUACGAAAUGCUUGGAAACUAUGGAGAAAAUUAAAGGUGGAGUCGAGGUCGAAUCCGAAACCACUAUCAACGUUCAAACAGAGGAGUUAAAUACAAGACAAGAUCCUGAUUCCGAGGGUUCCGGCUAUGGUAGCGACAAAUGCGAGGUCACACGCGACAAUAGGACAAGGUUAAUAUGUCGUAUGUGCGGAAUUCCGUCACCCUUGCCUCCCGAAGGUGUAAGAGGAUUGCCGUUACAUUACCUCAUACAACACCGAAUGAUACUCGCAACGCUCAACUCCUCAUCGACACAGCUUCUCUGCGAUUUUUGCCUGAACGACGUUCUUGCAAUUUACAGAUGUACGAACUGCGCGUACAACUUGUGCGAUACAUGUGCAGAAGCUAGUGCUCGGCAGAAAUGCUCAAAACAUGAAAUUUUGCACUUGGAUGACGCUCGUAAAAGAGGUAUUAGUCGAGUCCGGCGACAAAUCAUGUGCUCUGAACAUCCAGAUCGAGAGUUGGAAGUGUUUUGUUCGACGUGCUGUCAGGUGAUUUGUAGAGAUUGUACAUCCGCCUCUCACAAGGGACACAUGUGCGAGUUGGCAUCACGUGCUGCAAAAUCCUUUACGGUCACAAUGAGAAAGGCAUUGGAGCGAGUGCGAAACAUCGCCAAGGAAACGAUUGAGUUAUCCACACGUCUGCAGGGGGAUUCGAAACGCAUUCAAAGCAGAUGCGAUCGGGUUAAACAGGAAGUGGAAAGAUAUAUGGAUGUGUAUCUCAGCGAGAUAGAAAGACAUCGCCAAAGAUUAUGUGAUCAAAUACAAGACGCCCAACGAGAAAACUUGGAUUGUAUCGCUGUGCAACAGGCCGAAAUACAAAGAAGGCUAAGAGAUGCGAAGGAAGUUGUCAUUUUCACUGACGAUUUAUUAACCGAAGGCACUGAUGUCGAAUUAUUGAGCUUCGUAAGAACGCUAUUGAAAAGACUGGAAAGGUACAGUGAAUUAGAGCUGUCUCACAAUUGGAAAGUACCUGAUAACUUACAGUUCCUACCCGAUGAAAUAGCAAAAGAUGUGAGUGAGGACUUGUGUCCAAUAUAUGGUGUUAUUACAACGCAAACCGUCUCACCCCAAAAUUGCGUACUGCAACUUGAAGGUUUAGAAAAUAUAAGGAUAGGAAAAAAAAUGGAAGUUACAUUAGAAACAUACGACAGCAGUAAUGAACCACUGCAACGAGGCGGCGAGACUGUAAUUGCAGACCUAAGGCAUCGCGAUGCAGGUAUUUCCAGAUCAGUGCAAGUAAAAGUAGAAGACAACCGCAAUGGUACUUACAACCUCAAGUUCACACCGGAUGUGGCAGGUAAACUACUUCUAUCAGUAUUGAUAAAAGGCCAACCAAUUAAGGACAAUCCAUUUCCGAUAGUGGUCAGAACAUUAAGGCCACAUCAUGGUACAUUUCACUGUUGCACAUUCUGCUCAAGUGGUGGGAGUAAGGAGGCAACGUGUGGUUGUGGGGGAAAAAUGCCGGGUGGAUACAGAGGUUGUGGUCAUGGGCACGAUGGACACCCCGGUCGAAGGCACUGGUCUUGCUGUGGAAAUGCUUUAGAACAUUCUGAGUGUGUUCGCGCAAGUUCUACACAUUACCAAUUUACAUUGUAAAUAUUAUAUUGUUUUCAAAAACAUAUUUAUUUCAAUUAUAAACAUUUCGAA